AUGUGGUGCACAAUUAAUGUCCAGAAAGUAGCUAGUGAAUCUCAAAAACCUAAGUGGCACUCUUUCAACCUAGCAAGCAUUGUCGACAAUAUGGAGAUCCUGUACUACGAAUUGACCACAAAUGAAGAAAUCAAAUUCAAAUUUAAGAAUAGCUAUCAAGAAUUUUGGCUGCAAAAGCCAAUCAUGGAACUGUACCCUAGUUUAUGGUCGAUUGUUCAACGAUUUCUGAUAGCAUUCCCAUCAUCGUAUUUGUAUGAACGUGGAUUAAGUGCUGUAGCAACACUGUUAACAAAAAAGAGAAAUCAGUUGCUUGUUACUGAACGCGGUGAUUUACGGCUGUUUUUGAGUAAAUUUGAGCCAGAUAUUAACAAACUCGUUAAUGCGCAUCAAGUUCAUCCAUCACAUUAA